ACCCAGAGCUUGCACAAGUCUCUAACAAAAGACAACCAGCGGGAUGAAGGCGUAUGCACCCCUGCUGCUUGUUUUGGUAUUGAUUGGUGACCUCUCCGAGGAAGUCGCUAGAUUUGAUGCAAUAUACUCGGCGCAAUGACUGAUGACGAGUCCCUCCCACAUGCCAAGACAAAAGGCCGUGGGGACCCUGCAAUGAAGCUCACCUGCCAAGAACCACCAAGAAACAUCCUAGCGAUAUCACUUGCCCGGACGACGCGUGUUAUUAGUUUUGAUCAGGGUGUGAUUGGCUGUCUUUAGUCUGACGAGUGUGAAGAUCUGCGCUCUAGAUGGGGUCCCGGCUACAUCUUUAUCCGCCGUUUAUCAAUCACCGCCGUUGUCUGCCCUCAACCCUAGAACUAUU